UCAUUGGGGCUGUCUCCCUUCCGCUUCCUUUUGUCCUCACCAUCAUGGCGGCCCACAGUGGAGUCGACGUGCCUGCAGAUCCCGGAGGCGCGGACCUGGUACCGAAUCAGGUCACUGGUACCGCAGAUGACUCCAAGCGGCCGCAGUUCGGGACCCGGUUCUUGACUGACCCCAGUCUGGUUUUCCAGCACAAUGCCUGGGAUAACGUGGAGUGGUCAGAGGACCAGGAAGAAGCUGCCAGGAGAAAAGUCCUUGAGAAUGCGCAGCCCCUGCCCACUGAAAAGCAAGAUGAGUACGAGAGCAGGGCAAACGAGUUCUGGAACGGUUUCUAUAAACACCACGAGAACCGCUUCUUCAAGGACCGACACUGGCUGUUCACGGAAUUCCCAGAGCUGGCUCCGAACCGCGGGGCUGUAGAGCUGGAACACAGGCAGGCUCCAUCACAAGGGCAGUGUGAUGGGAGAUCCAGCACCCAGCUAAAGGAUCACAACUCGGCCGAGAUGGAACAAGCCAACUGCAACGACAAGGACACAAUGACGUUGACCGAGCACGAUUUCCCAGGCUCCUCUGCUACAUACCGUAUACUUGAGGUUGGCUGUGGAGUGGGGAACACAGUGUUUCCAAUUUUACAGACAAACAAUGACCCGGGUCUCUUUGUAUAUUGCUGUGACUUCUCCAGCACAGCAAUAGAUUUAGUCAAGUCUCAUCUGGAUUACACUCCUGAGCGCUGCUUUGCUUUUGUCCAUGACUUGUGUGAUGAGACCACGAGCUUCCCUGUCCCGAAAGAGAGCCUGGACGUCAUUAUUCUCAUAUUCGUUUUGUCCGCAGUCCACCCUGAUAAAAUGCAGAAUGCCGUUUCCAGACUGAGUGAGCUGCUGAAGCCAGGGGGAAUGAUUUUGCUGCGGGACUAUGGCCGAUACGACAUGGCUCAACUGAGAUUUAAAAAGGGACGAUGUCUUUCUGAUAACUUCUAUGUAAGAGGAGAUGGAACUCGAGUCUACUUUUUCACUCAAGAUGAAUUAGGCGCUAUCUUCACCCAAGCUGGGCUAGAGAAGGUCCAGAAUCUGGUUGAUCGUCGUUUGCAGGUGAACCGGGGGAAACAGCUGACCAUGUACCGCAUUUGGAUCCAGUGUAAAUACCGCAAACCUCAGGAGAAGACUGGCAGCCAUGACUGAGUGCAGCAAUAAAACUGGAGCCAACACACUCGGACUGUUGGAGAGAAGCCACUGUCUGGUCAAACUAAGAUAUUUCAUUGUAUGUUCUGUGGAGGAUGUAUCGUAGGUUUUUAAGACUUUGCAUUCAUUAUCCCACCAGUAGAUCCCCUCUAAAGGUAAUGGAACAUUCCAAUCUUGAAACUCACUUUUUAAAAAGCAAAGUGAUCCUAUUCGAAAACAUUUCAGCUGCCAUUACCUGUAGAUACUUGACCUUGUCUUCCGUUACUUGCUAAAGUCAAUUCUCUAGCAGGUAAUGACCGGUGCGUCCACCAUUAAUGUUCAAACGCAUAUUGAUUGUACGCUACUCUUCUGGUGCCAUAAUGCCACCUGGGUUUCAUCACAGUUCAUAAUACUCAAAACCGAAGUGUGUGUGUCAUCCAUAUUCUGUAAAUGCAGGUCCAAGCUUCACCUUAACUUGGCAGGUAUUAGUUAAUCCUCUCCCCUGUAAGGAGCCAGCCAUACAGUCCUCUUCACCACAGCACAGCACAGAAAGCAGGACUGAGGACAGUUGGAAACUGGGUGGAGCCUGCUUAAGGCAGAGGGUAGGAGACACUUCGUGGAACCACUGUGGGCUCCAUACACAUAUGCUGGAAUAGGAAUGGGUAUUGUUUGUAGCUCUGCCUUCUUAAACCCACUGGUUUACAGUUUGGUCUUCUACAAAGCCCUUUCCUGUGCUCUAGUCCUGGUUUGUGUUGGAUAUCUACUGUUUUAGAUUUAAUGAAAGCUGAUACCUUGUUUUCUCAUUUUAUCACCAUUGUUUUUAUUGUAAUCGCUUGAUACUUUGUAAUAAAAAGAGUUGUGAAAAUUUGCUACUAAA